ACUCCAUCUGUGACGCCAGUCCAGUUUUCCCAGUGUUGGAGCCAGUUAAUGAUUUCUGACCUGUCCACUGCUGCACUGCUUUCAUUCACACCGAGCUCCUGGUGCAGACAUGUUGUGUAGAGCUGCUCCUCUGGUGCUGCUCUGUGUGUUCUGGGUUCCGGCUCAUGGCGGGCCCGUGGAGAACCUGCACCCCAACAUAACGGACCAGCAGCUGUUCUGGGGCGCGGACCAGUACGACUUCUCUGUGGUGCUUGGAGCUGCAGGGAUGGAGUGUUUCUGGCACUUUGCUCACCGUGGGGAGAGGUUCUACCUGAACUUCAUGGUCCAGUGGGUGACGGGAGUUGGCCAAGACAGACACUUGUCCGUCACCGUCAACGCUCCAGGAGGUUUGUUGGUGUCCACAGUGGAUGAUGUGAACGGUCAGGUCAACUUUGAGGCUGCGGAGACGGGUUUCUAUCAGAUGUGCUUCAACAACUUCCACAACCGCUUCGGCUCCAUGCAGAUCUUCAUGAGCUUCGGCGUCUACUACGACGGCUCCAAGGACGAGGACGCCCGAAAAGAAGAGGAGGAAAGGAGGUUCAGAGACUUGAACGACACGCUGAGCUUCAUCGAGGAGGCCAGCGUCAGACUGGACCGCUCCGUUUUCCACAUCCUUCGCUACUACAGCUUCAGCCGCAUGCGCAGCAGCGCCGACCACUUCCUGCUGCUGUCCAGCUCCCGCUACGUCAGCUGGUGGUCGACGGCGCUCAGCCUCCUCAUCGUCACCUGCGGCUCCCUGCAGCUCCUCUUCCUCAAACGGCUCUUCAUCAGCAGCAGGACGGGCAGCGACGGGGAGAGGCCGCGCUGCUGACGACGCCGUCCAGAUCCGAGCGAAUCUCCAGCUGGACUCGCGUUUGUCUCCGCGCACAACGAAAUAAAAGCCGCUUUUGUUGCG